GAGGAUUACGAGGACGUUUGGAGGGAAAUCCAGAUUAUGCACCAUUUGUCUGAGAACCCACACGUUGUGAGGAUCAAAGGGACGUACGAGGAUGAUGCAAUCGUGCAUCUGGUCAUGGAUGUCUGCAGGGGUGGAGAGCUGUUCGACAGGAUUGUCUCUAAGGGGCAUUUCAGCGAACGAAAGGCGGCCGAGUUGAUGAAGACCAUUGCUGGGGUUGUAGAGGGGUGUCAUUCUCUUGGUGUCAUGCAUAGGGAUCUUAAGCCUGAGAACUUCUUGUUCGAUACCCCUGAUGAGGAUGCAAAGCUCAAAGCCACUGACUUUGGCUUGUCUGUGUUCUACAAGCCUGGUCAAUAUCUUUCCGAUGUGGUGGGCAGUCCGUACUACGUUGCCCCUGAAGUAUUACACAAAUUUUAUGGACCGGAGAUCGAUGUAUGGAGUGCUGGUGUUAUCCUUUACAUCUUAUUAUGCGGGGUUCCUCCCUUUUGGGCUGAAACGGACAAUGGCAUCUUUAAGCAGAUCAUGAAAGGUAAAAUAGAUUUUGAAUCUGAACCUUGGCCCUCCAUUUCGGAUAGUGCAAAGGAUUUGAUAAAAAGGAUGCUCCAGCGGGACCCCAGGCAGCGAAUAACUGCACAUCAAGUCUUAUGCCAUCCAUGGAUUGUGGACGACACAGUAGCACCAGACAGGCCUCUGGGUUCAGCAGUAUUGACACGUCUUAAGCAAUUUUCUGCCAUGAACAAACUUAAAAAAAUGGCGUUGCAUGUCAUAGCAGAGAGACUCUCCGAAGAAGAAAUCGGAGGGCUAAGACAAUUGUUCAAAAUGAUUGAUACGGAUGGCAGUGGGACCAUCACAUUUGAAGAACUCAAACAUAGUUUGAAAAGAGUAGGGCCUGAGGUGAUGGAGUCCGAAAUUCGGGAUCUGAUGAAUGCGGCUGACAUUGACAACAAUGGAUGCAUCGACUAUGGCGAAUUUCUUGCUGCCACUUUACACUUGAAUAAGAUGGAAAAAGAGGAGAAUUUGCUUGCUGCUUUCUCAUACUUUGACAAGGAUGCCAGUGGCUAUAUAACUAUUGAUGAGCUUCAACAGGCGUGCAAAGAUUUUGGUUUUGCUGAUGUUUGUUUAGAUGAAAUCAUCAAAGAAAUUGAUGCAGAUAAUGAUGGACGAAUUGACUAUGGGGAAUUUGCAACAAUGAUGAGAAAGGGAAACAGAGGAAUUGGAGCUAGAGGCAAUUUGAAUUUAAGUAUUGCAGAUGCCUUAGGAUCAAGGGAGGAGUAGAUCUACUACAAUGUUAUCUCUUGUUUUUUAUUGUACAGUUAAACUUUAUUCUUGCUCUUGCUCUUGCUCUCUCUUAGUUUACGAAUCAUUCAUAUUAAUAUUUGUAUAUAGAUUAGGACAACUUACCAAAUCCAAACUUCAAUGUAUUAUGAAAUUAGCAUAAUAAUCAUAUUAUGUCUUAUCUAUACCUCUAUAGUUGUGCUUGUUGACCGC